AUGGUUCUUUUCAACGGGAGAGCUGGAGACCCCCUCACCCACUCCUACUCACUCAGCACAGAUCCUCAAGCUGUCGUCUUUACACCUCGUUCUUCCCCCGACACUGCAGCCGCUGCCCUCCAGGGGCAUACAGGGGAGAAAUCCUAUCAGUGCAUGGAAUGUGGAAAGAGUUUCCGUUGGAGCGCCGUUCUCAGUUCCCAUCAAAGAAAUCAUACAUGGCUGAAACCCUAUCAAGAGGGGAAGCCCCGUAAAAAUUUGGAGUGUGGGGAGAGCUGUAGUGAGAGCUCCCAUUCCACAUCCCAUCAACAAAAUCACAUUGGAAAGAAACCAUAUGAGUGCUUGGAAUGUGGAAAGAGUUUCAGUCGAAGCGACUCCCUCACUUCCCAUCAAAGAAUUCAUACAGGGGAGAAACCCUAUCAGUGUGUGGAAUGUGGAAAGAGCUUCACUGAUAGCUCCUCUCUCACUUCCCAUCAAAGAAUUCAUACAGGGGAGAAACCCUAUCAGUACGUGGAAUGUGGAAAGAGCUUCAGGAAUAGCAGCGAUCUCACUUCCCAUCAAAGAAUUCAUACAGGGGAGAAACCCUAUCAGUGUGUGGAAUGUAGAAAGAACUUCAGUCAUAGCUCCUCUCUCACUUCCCAUCAAAGAAUUCAUACAGGGGAGAAACCCUAUCGGUGUUGUGUGGAAUGUGGAAAGAGCUUCAGUCAGAGGGGCAAUCUCACUUCCCAUCAAAAAAUCCAUACAGGGGAGAAACCAUAUCAGUGCGUGGAAUGUGGAAAGAGCUUCAGUCAGAGCUCCGAUCUCACUUCCCAUCAAAGAAUCCAUACAGGGGAGAAACCCUAUCAAUGUGUGGAAUGUGGAAAGAGCUUCAGUCAGAGGGGCAAUCUCACUAAGCAUAAGAAAAUUCAUACAGGGGAGAAACCAUAUCAGUGCAUGGAAUGUGGAAAGAGCUUCAGUCGGAGCUCCCAUCUCACAUCCCAUCAGAAAAUUCAUACAGGGGAGAAACCCUAUCAGUGUGUGGAAUGUGGAAAGAGCUUCAGUACGCACUCCACUCUCACUUCCCAUCAAAGAAUCCAUACAGGGGGAAAACCCUAUCAAUGCGUGGAAUGUGGAAAGAGCUUCAGAAAGAGCUCCAAUCUCACUUCCCAUCAAAGAAUCCAUACAGGGGAGAAACCCUAUCAGUGCGUGGAAUGUGGAAAGAGCUUCAGUCAGACGGGAAAUCUCACUUCCCAUCAAAAAAUCCAUACAGGGUAGAAACCCUAUCAGUGCGUGGAAUGUGGAAAGAGCUUCAGUUUGAGAUCUUCUCUCACUUCCCAUCAGAAAAUUCAUACAGGGGAGAAACCAUAUCAGUGUGUGGAAUGUGGAAAGAGUUUCAGUCAGAGGGGCAAUCUCACUUCCCAUCAAAGAAUCUAUACAGGGGAGAAACCCUAUCAGUGCGUGGAAUGUGUUAAGAGCUUCAGAAAGAGCUCCAAUCUCACUUCCCAUUAAAGAAUCCAUACAGGGGAGAAACCCUAUCAGUGUGUGGAAUGUGGAAAGAGCUUCAGUCAAAGGGGCAAUCUCACUUCCCAUCAAAAAAUCUGUACAGGGGAGAAACCGUAUCAGUGCGUGGAAUGUGGAAAGAGCUUCAGAAAGAGCUCCAAUCUCACUUCCCAUCAAAGAAUCCAUACAGGGGAGAAACCAUAUCAGUGCUGCUUGGAAUGUGGAAAGAGUUUCAGUCGGAGCGACUCUGUCACUUCCCAUCAAAGAAUUCAUACAGGGGAGAAACCCUAUCAGUGUGUGGAAUGUGGAAAGAGCUUCAGUCAUAGCUCCUCUCUCUCGUCCCAUCAAAGAAUUAAUACAGGGGAGAAACCUUUUCAGUGCGUGGAAUGUGGAAAGAGCUUCAGGAAGAGCAGCGAUCUCACUUCCCAUCAAAGAAUUCAUAAAGGGGAGAAACCCUAUCAGUGUGUGGAAUGUGGAAAGAGCUUCAGUCAUAGUUCCUCUCUCUCUUCCCAUCAAAGAAUUCAUAAAGGGGAGAAACCAUAUCAGUGUGUGGAAUGUGGAAAGAGCUUCAGGAAGAGCAGCGAUCUCACUUCCCAUCAUAGAAUUCAUACAGGGGAGAAACCAUAUCAGUGUGUGGAAUGUGGAAAGAGCUUCACUGAUAGCUCCUCUCUCACUUCCCAUCAAAGAAUUCAUACAGGGGAGAAACCCUAUCAGUGUGUGGAAUGUGGAAAGAGCUUCAGUCAGAGGGGCAAUCUCACUUCCCAUCAAAAAAUCCAUACAGGGGAGAAACCCUAUCAGUGCGUGGAAUGUGGAAAGAGCUUCAGUUUGAGAUCUUCUCUCACUUCCCAUCAGAAAAUUCAUACAGGGGAGAAACCAUAUCGGUGUGUGGAAUGUGGAAAGAGCUUCAGUCACAGAAACAAUCUCACUUCCCAUCAAAGAAUUCAUACAGGGGAGAAACCCUAUCAGUGUGUGGAAUGUGGAAAGAGCUUCAGUCGGAGCUCCCAUCUCACAUCCCAUCAGAAAAUUCAUAUAGGUGAGAAACCCUAUCAGUGCAUGGAAUGUGGAAAGAGCUUCAGUUUGAUAUCUUCUCUCACUUCCCAUCAGAAAAUUCAUACAGGGGAGAGACCAUAUCAGUGUGUGGAAUGUGGAAAGAGCUUCAGAAAGAGCUCCAAUCUCACUUCCCAUCAAAGAAUCCAUACAGGGGGAAAACCCUAUCAGUGCGUGGAAUGUGGAAAGAGCUUCACUGAUAGCUCCUCUCUCACUUCCCAUCAAAGAAUUCAUACAGGGGAGAAACCCUAUCAGUGUGUGGAAUGUGGAAAGAGUUUCAGUUAUAGCUCCUCUCUCUCUUCCCAUCAAAGAAUUCAUACAGGGGAGAAACCAUAUCAGUGUGUGCAAUGUGGAAAGAGCUUCACUGAUAGCUCCUCUCUCACUUCCCAUCAAAGAAUUCAUACAGGGGAGAAACCCUAUCAGUGUGUGGAAUGUGGAAAGAGCUUCAGUCAUAGAUCCGCUCUCUCUUCCCAUCAAAGAAUUCAUACCGGGGAGAAACCUUUUCAGUGCGUGGAAUGUGGAAAGAGCUUCAGGAAGAGCAGCGAUCUCACUUCCCAUCAAAGAAUUCAUACAGGGGAGAAACCAUAUCAGUGUGUGGAAUGUGGAAAGAGCAUCAGUAUGAGCUCCUAUCUCACUUCCCAUCACACAAUUCAUACAGGGCAGAAACCCUAUCAGUGUGUGGAAUGUGGAAAGAACUUCAUUCAUAGCUCCUCUCUCACUUCCCAUCAAAGAAUUCAUACAGGGGAGAAACCCUAUCAGUGUGUGGAAUGUGGAAAGAGCUUCAGUUUGAGAUCUUCUUUCACUUCCCAUCAGAAAAUUCAUACAGGGGAGAAACCAUAUCAGUGUGUGGAAUGUGGAAAGAGCUUCAGUCACAGCCACAAUCUCACUUCCCAUCAAAGAAUUCAUACAGGGGAGAAACCCUAUCAGUGUGUGGAAUGUGGAAAGAGCUUCAGUCGGAGCUCCCAUCUCACAUCCCAUCAGAAAAUUCAUACAGGGGAGAAACCCUAUCAGUGCGUGGAAUGUGGAAAGAGCUUCACUGAUAGCUCCUCUCUCACUUCCCAUCAAAGAAUCCAUACAGGGGAGAAACCCUAUCAGUGCGUGGAAUGUGGAAAGAGCUUCAGAAAGAGCUCCAAUCUCACUUCCCAUCAAAGAAUCCAUACAGGGGAGAAACCCUAUCAGUGCGUGGAAUGUGGAAAGAGCUUCAGUCAGAGCUCCGAUCUCACUUCACAUCAAAGAAUCCAUACGGGGGAGAAACCCUAUCAGUGUGUGGAAUGUGGAAAGAGCUUCAGUCAGAACUGCUCUCUUACCAAGCAUCAGAGAAUUCAUACAGGGGAGAAACCAUAUCAGUGUGUGGAAUGUGGAAAGAGCUUCACUGAUAGCUCCUCUCUCACUUCCCAUCAAAGAAUUCAUACAGGGGAGAAAGCAUAUCAGUGCGUGGAAUGUGGAAAGAGCUUCAGGAAUAGCAGCGAUCUCACUUCCCAUCAAAGAAUUCAUACAGGGGAGAAACCCUAUCAGUGUGUGGAAUGUGGAAAGAGCUUCAGUCAUAGCUCCUCUCUCACUUCCCAUCAAAGAAUUCAUACAGGGGAGAAACCAUAUCAGUGUAAACUCUAUCAGUGCAUGGAAUGUGGAAAGAGCUUCAGUCAGAGGGGCAAUCUCACUUCCCAUCAAAAAAUCCAUACAGGGGAGAAACCCUAUCAGUGUGUGGAAUGUGGAAAGCGCUUCAGUCAGAGCUCCUCUCUCACUAAGCAUCAGAUAAUUCAUACAGGGGAGAAACCCUAUGAGUGUGUGGAAUGUGGAAAGAGCUUCAGAACAAGCUCCAAUCUCACUUGCCAUCAAAGAAUUCAUACAGGGGAGAAACCCUAUCAGUGCUUUGAAUGUGGAAAGAGCUUCAUUCUCAGCAGCAUUCUCACUUCCCAUCAAAGAAUUCAUACAGGGGAGAAACCCUAUCAGUGCUUUGAAUGUGGAAAGAGCUUCAGGAAGAGCUCCGAUCUCACUUCCCAUCACAGAAUUCAUACUGGGGAGAAACCAUAUCAGUGCGUGGAAUGUGGAAGGAGCUUCAGUGUAAGCUCCUCUCUCACUAAGCACCAGAGAAUUCAUACAGGGGAGAAACCCUAUCAGUGUGUAGAAUGUGGAAAGAGCUUCAGGAAGAAGGACAAGCUCAUUUCCCAUCAAAAAAUUCAUACAGGGGAGAAACCCUAUCAGUGCUUCGAAUGUGGAAAAAGUUUCAGUCAGAGUCACCAUCUCACGUCCCAUAAAAGAAUUCAUACAGGGGAGAAACCCUAUCAGUGCUUCGAAUGUGGAAAGAGAUUCAGACAGAGCUCUGAUCUCACUUCCCACCAAAGAAUUCAUACAGGGGAGAAACCAUAUCAGUGCUUUGAAUGUGGAAAGAGAUUCAGUGCAAGCUCCCCUCUCAUUAAGCAUCAGAAAAUUCAUACAGGGGAGAAACCCUAUCAGUGCUUUGAAUGUGGAAAGAGCUUCAUUCACAGCAGGAGUCUCACUUCCCAUCAAAGAAUUCAUACAGGGGAAAAACCCUAUCAGUGCUUUGAAUGUGGGAAGAGCUUCAGUCAGAGCUCCUCUCUCACUUCCCAUCAAAGAAUUCAUACAGGGGAGAAACCCUAUCAGUGCUUCGAAUGUGGAAAGAGCUUCACUGAUAGCUCCUCUCUCACUUCCCAUCAAAGAAUUCACACAGGGGAAAAACCCUAUCAGUGUGUGGAAUGUGAGAAGAGCUUCAGUCAGAGCUCCUCUCUCACUUCCCACCUGAGAAUCCAUACAAAAGAAAAACUCUAUCAGUGCAUGGAAUGUGCAAAGAGCUUCAGUCGGAGCUCCUCUCUUACUAAGCAUCAAAGAAUUCAUACAAGGGAGAAAUCCUAUCAGUGUGUGGAAUGUGGAAAGAGCUUCAGUCACAGCUCCGAUCUCACUUUGCAUCAAAGAAUUCAUACAGGGGAGAAACCCUAUCAGUGUGUGGAAUGUGGAAAGAGCUUCAUUGACAGAUCCUCUCUUACUAAGCACCAAAGAAUUCAUACAGGGGAGAAACCAUAUCAGUGCAUGGAAUGCGCAAAGAGCUUCACUCGGAGCUCCGCUCUUACUAAGCAUCAAAGAAUUCAUACAGGGGAGAAACCAUAUCAGUGUGUGGAAUGUGGAAAGAGCUUUAGUCACAGCUCCCAUCUCACUUCCCAUGAAAGAAUUCAUACGGGGGAUAAACCCUAUUGGUGUGCGGAAUGUGGAAAGAGCUUCACUGACAGGUCCUCUCUUACUAAGCACCAAAGAAUUCAUACAGGGGAGAAACCAUAUCAGUGUGUGGAAUGUGGAAAGAGCUUCAGUCACAGCUGCUCUCUUACUAAGCAUCAAAGAAUUCAUACAAGGGAGAAAUCCUAUCAGUGUGUGGAAUGUGGAAAGAGCUUCAGUCAGAGCUCCCAUCUCACUUCCCAUGAAAGAAUUCAUACAGGGGAGAAACCCUAUCAGUGUGUGGAAUGUGGAAAGAGCUUAAUUGACAGGUCCUCUCUUACUAAGCACCAAAGAAUUCAUACAGGGGAGAAACCAUAUCAGUGCAUGGAAUGCGCAAAGAGCUUCAGUCGGCGCUCCUCUCUUACUAAGCAUCAAAGAAUUCAUACAAGGGAGAAAUCCUAUCAGUGUGUGGAAUGUCGAAAGAGGUUCAGUCACAGCUCCGAUCUCACUUCCCAUCAAAGAAUUCAUACAGGGGAGAAACCAUAUCAGUGUGUGGAAUGUGGAAAGAGCUUUAGUCACAGCUCGCAUCUCACUUCCCAUGAAAGAAGUCAUACAGGGGAGAAACCUUAUCAGUGCAUGGAAUGCGCAAAGAGCUUCAGUCGGAGCUCCUCUCUUACUAAGCACCAAAGAAUUCAUACAGGGGAGAAACCAUAUCAGUGUGUGGAAUGUGGAAAGAGCUUCAGUCACAGCUGCUCUCUUACUAAGCAUCAAAGAAUUCAUACAGGGGAGAAACCUUUUCAUUGUGUGGAAUGUGGAACUAGUUUCAGCUAUAGCUCCUCUCUCACUUCCCAUCGGAGAAUCCAUACCAGGGAGAAACCCUAUCAGUGUGUGGAAUGUGGAAAGAGCUUCAUUACGAACUCCACUCUCACUAAGCACCAAAGAAUCCAUACAGGGGAGAAACCCUAUCAGUGUGUGGAAUGUGGAAAGAACUUCAGGAAAAACUCCAAUCUCACUUCCCAUCAAAGAAUUCAUACAGCGGAGAAACCCUAUCAGUGCUUUGAAUGUGGAAAGAGCUUCAGUUACAGCUGCAAUCUCACUUCCCAUCAAAGAAUUCAUACAGGGGAGAAACCAUAUCAGUGCUGCGAAUGUGGAAAGAGCUUUAGUCACAAAAUCAGUCUCGUUUCCCAUCAAAGAAUUCAUACAGGGGAGAAACCAUAUCAGUGUGUGGAAUGUGGAAAGAGCUUCAGGAAGAAGGACAAGCUCAUUUCCCAUAAAAGAAUUCAUACAGGGGAGAAACCAUAUCAGUGUGUGGAAUGUGGAAAGAGAUUCACUGAGAGGUCCUCUCUCAUUUCCCACCAAAGAAUUCAUACAGGGGAGAAACCCUAUCAGUGCUUUGAAUGUGGAAAGAGCUUUAGUCACAGAAUCAGUCUUACUUCCCAUCAAAGAAUUCAUACAGGGGAGAAACCAUAUCAGUGCUUUGAAUGUGGAAAGAGCUUUAGUCAGAGCGCCCAUCUCUCUUGCCAUCAAAGAAUCCAUACAGGGGAGAAACCCUAUCAGUGUGUGGAAUGUGGAAAGAGCUUCAGCUGUAGCUCCUCUCUCAGUUCCCAUCAAAGAAUUCAUACAGGGGAGAAACCAUAUCAGUGUGUGGAAUGUGGAAAGACCUUUAGUCAGAGCUCCAAACUCACUUCCCAUAAGAGAAUCCAUACAAAAGAAAAAACCUAUCAGUGCAUGGAAUGUGAAAAGAGCUUCUGUCAGAGCUCCUCUCUCACUUACCACCAAAGAAUUCAUACAGGGGAGAAACCCUAUCAGUGUGUGGAAUGUGGAAAGAGCUUUAGUCACAGCCACAGUCUCACUUGCCAUCAAAGAAUUCAUACAGGGGAGAAACCCUAUCAGUGUGUGGAAUGUGGAAAGAGCUUCAGUAAGAAGGACAGUCUCACUAAGCAUCAAAGAAUUCAUACAGGGGAGAAACCCUAUCAGUGUGUGGAAUGUGGAAAGAGCUUCAGUACGAACUCCAGUCUCACUUCCCAUCAGAGAAUUCAUACAGGGGAGAAACCCUAUCAGUGUGUGGAAUGUGGAAAGAGCUUUAGUCACAGCCACAGUCUCACUUCCCAUCAAAGAAUUCAUACAGGGGAGAAACCCUACCAGUGUGUGGAAUGUGGAAAGAGCUUUAGUCACAGCCACAGUCUCACUUCCCAUCAGAGAAUUCACACAGGAGAAAAACCCUAUCAGUGUGUGGAAUGUGGAAAGAGCUUUAGUCACAGCCAUAGUCUCACUUCCCAUCGAAGAAUUCAUACAGGGGAGAAACCCUAUCAGUGUGUGCAAUGUGGAAAGAGCUUCAAUAAUAACUCCAAUCUAACUUCCCAUCAAAGAAUUCAUACAGGGGAGAAACCCUAUCAGUGUGUUGAAUGUGGAAAGAGCUUCACUGAUAGCUCCUCUCUCACUUCCCAUCAAAGAAUUCAUACAGGGGAGAAACCUUAUCAGUGCUUUGACUGUGGAAAGAGCUUCAGUCACAGCUCCAGUCUUACUUCCCAUGAAAGAAUUCAUAUAGGGGAGAAACCCUAUGAGUGUGUUGAAUGUGGAAAGAGCUUCACUGAUAGCUCCUCUCUCACUUCCCAUCAAAGAAUUCAUACAGGGGAGAAACCUUAUAAGUGUGUGGAAUGUGGAAAGAGCUUCAGUCACAGCCACAGUCUCACUUCCCAUCAAAUAAUUCAUACAGGGGAGAAACCCUAUCAGUGUGUGGAAUGUGGAAAGAGCUUCAGUCACAGCCACAGCCUCACUACCCAUAAAAGAAUCCAUACUGGAAAGAAAAUCUAUCAGUGCAUGGAAUGUGGAAAGAGCUUCAGUAAGAGCUCCCAUCUCACUUCCCAUCAAAGAAUUCAUACAGGGGAGAAAUCAUAUCACUGCAUGGAAUGUGGAAAGAGCUUCAGUAAGAGCAACCAUCUCAUUUGCCAUCAAAGAAUUCAUACAGGGGAGAAACCAUAUCAGUGCGUGCAAUGUGGAAAGAGCUUCAGUCAAGGCUCCUCUCUCACUUCCCACCAGAGAAUACAUACAGGUGAGAAACCAUAUCAGUGUGUGAAUUGUGGGAAAAGGUUCAAACAGAAGAACUGUCUCACUAAGCAUCAAAUGAUUCAUACAGGGGAGAAACCCUACCAGUGUGUGGAAUGUGAAAAGAGCUUCAUUACAAACUGCAGUCUCACUAAGCAUCAAAUGGUUCAUACAGGGGAGAAACCCUAUCAUUGUGUGGAAUGUGGAAAGAGCUUCAGUCAGAACUCCAAACUCACUUCCCAUCAAAGAAUUCAUACAGGGGAGAAACCCUAUCAGUGUGUGGAAUGUGGAAAGAGCUUUAGUGUGAACUCCAAACUCACAUCGCAUCAAAGAAUUCAUACAGGGGAGAAACCAUAUCAGUGUCUGGAAUGUGGAAAGAGCUUCCAUAAUAGCUCCAAUCUAACUUCCCAUCAAAUAAUUCAUACAGUGUUGACACCCUAUCAGUGUGUGAAAUGUGGAAAGAAGUUCAGUCAGAGCUCCAGUCUCACUAAGCAUCAGAGAAUUCAUACAGGGGAAAAACCAUAUCAGUGUGUAGAAUGUGGAAAGAGCUUCAGUCACAGCUACGGUCUCACUUCCCAUCAAAGAAUUCAUACAGGGGAGAAACCUUAUCAGUGUGUGGAAUGUGGAAAGAGAUUCAGUAGGAGCUCCUAUCUCACUUCCCAUGAAAGAAUUCAUAAAGGGGAGAAACCCUAUCAGUGUGUUCAAUGUGGAAAGAGCUUCACUGAUCGUUCCGCUCUCACUUCCCAUCAAAGAAUUCAUACAGGGGAGAAACCUUAUCAGUGCUUCGACUGUGGAAAGAGCUUUAGUCACAGCUACAGUCUCACUUCCCAUCAAAGAAUUCAUACAGGGGAGAAACCCUAUCGGUGUAUGGAAUGUGGAAAGAGCUUCUAUAGCAGCUCCAAACUCACUUCCCAUCAUAGAAUUCAUACAGGGGAGAAACCCUAUCAGUGUGUGGAAUGUGGAAAGAGCUUCAGUCAGAGCUCCAAACUCACUUGCCAUCAAAGAAUUCAUACAGGGGAGAAACCCUAUCAGUGUGUGGAAUGUGGAAAGAGCUUCAGUAGGAGCUACAAUCUCACUUCCCAUAAAAGA